AUGUUAUUGUCUAGAGUUGGCAAAGAAAUCCUCAUCAAGGCUGUGGCACAGUCCAUACCCACCUACACUAUGAGUGUAUUUCAAAUCCCUCUGAAACUAUGUGAUGAAUUAGAUGCAUUAUGUGCAAAAUUUUGGUGGGGUCAAGUGGGCAAUGAACGAAAAAUUCAUUGGAAGAGUUGGGAUAAGCUGACUAUUUCAAAGAAAGAAGGAGAAAUGGGAUUUCGGGAUUUAAGAGCUUUUAAUCUAGCCAUGUUGGCCAAGCAAGGUUGGAGGAUGGUUCAAGGCAAUGAUUCACUACUCUAUCAAUGUUUUAAAGCAAGGUACUUUCCAAGAUCAAAUUUUCUAGAGGCUAAGGAAUCACCUAAUUGCUCAUAUGUGUGGAGAAGUUUGAUGGCUGCAUUGCCUAUUCUUCAAUCCGGCCACUGUUGGAGGGUUGGUAAUGGAGCUUCAAUCAAUGCUUCGAAGGAUAAGUGGCUCCCUAAUUUUCCCACAAACAAAGUCCUAAAUCCGAUCCAAGAAAAUUGGGGUGAACUGAUGGUGUGUGAGCUGACCAAUCCGGAGCUGAAUAUAUGGAGAUAUGAGGAUAUUAUGACUAUCUUUCACAAGGACGAAGCUAAUGCAAUCUGCCAAAUUCCGUUGAGCCAAAGAUAUAGCUGA